AAGAAGAAAGCAUCAACAAGAUAUGCGAAACUAACCAGAGUGUCACUUUGAAUCGAUCUCUUCAGUCAGAGGGAUGGGGGUCCUGCGAGGGAGUCGCGUUUUAUGUUUACUUUUCUUCAUUAUACUGCUGUCAGAGCGACAUUUUCGAUGGGUCGAGGCCCAGCACUGUGUGUGGUAUGGCGAGUGUGGGGAGUCCGUAAAGGUGCCCGGAAAAAAGUACAACUGCAAAUACACUGGUUCUCCCAUCCCGCUCCAGUCUGAGGGUUAUGACCUUCUCACGGAGCUUUGUCCUGGAUAUGACUAUGGAAACCGAAGCCUUUGCUGUAAUGUUGACCAGUUGCGCACUCUCAAAGGGAGUCUCCAGCUGCCCCUACAGUUCCUGUCUCGGUGUCCCGCCUGUUUCUUCAAUCUGAUGAACCUCUUCUGUGAGCUGACAUGCAGCCCCCACCAGAGUCAGUUCAUGAAUGCCACCAAGGUCGACAAUAUAAAUGUACUGGAAGUGCAGUACUAUAUUGGACAGACAUUCUCUAAUGCCAUGUACAAUGCCUGUAGGGACGUCCAGGCACCAUCCAGCAAUGUGAAGGCUUUAUCGCUGCUUUGUGGGAAGGAUGCAAAGGACUGCAAUGCUACUAACUGGAUCCAGUACAUGUUCAACAUUGAGAAUGGACAGACGCCCUUUCCUAUCAUUCCAAUAUUCUCAGAUGUCCCUGUGUCUGGUUACACUCCCAUGAACAACAAGACAUAUGCCUGCACAGAGGGCCUGGAAGACGGUUCGGGUCCCUGCUCCUGUCAGGAUUGCACAAAGGCCUGUGGCCCCAAACCUGUCCCUCCUCCUCUCCCUCCUCCCUGGACUAUCCUUGGCAUCGAUGCCAUGACUGUCAUCAUGUGGAUCUCUUAUAUUGCCUUCCUGCUUAUCUUUAUUGGAGCUGUACUGGGAGCUUGGUGUUACAGGAAAAGGACCAUCAUGUCCGAGUAUGGCCCCAUAUUGGACAGCAAUAAUCCACUGUCUCUCAACAGUGAUAACCCCGACCAAGUAAACGCAUCAUGCUGUGAAACACUGGGUGAACGCUUCGAGAAUGUUCUGCGGCUCAUCUUUAGCUCCUGGGGUUCCUUCUGUGUGCGGCAUCCCUCUGUGGUCCUAUUGGGCAGCCUGAUCCUGGUGGUCGCCUCCUCCGGGGGCCUGGUCUAUAUGCGCAUCACCACAGACCCCGUUGAUCUGUGGUCGGCUCCCACCAGCCAGGCUCGUCAAGAGAAGGACUACUUUGACAGCCACUUCGGACCCUUCUUUAGAACUGUGCAGCUGAUUAUAACCAGUCCACUCCAAAUCAAUUUCACCUAUUCCCCAUACUUUGGAGGAUCAGAUGUCCCAUUUGGAGCUGUCCUGGACAAAGACAUUCUACACCAGGUGCUGGAUCUGCAGCUCGACAUCGAAGGACUUGUAGCCACAUACGAGGGCCAAAACGUCACCCUGAAGGAUCUCUGCUUGGCUCCGCUGGCCCCGUACAAUAACAACUGUACCAUCCUGAGUGUCCUCAACUACUUCCAGAACAGCCACGCUGUACUGGACCACAGCAUAGGAGACGACUUCUUUGUCUAUGCUGACUUUCACAGCCACUUCCUCUACUGUGUCAGUGCGCCAGCAUCCCUCAAUGACACCACUCUCCUCCAUGACCCCUGUUUAGGCACUUUUGGUGGCCCCGUCUUCCCUUGGCUGGCCCUGGGAGGUUACGACGAAACCAACUACAACAAUGCCACUGCUCUAGUGAUCACCUUUCCACUCAACAACUACCUGAAUGACACAGUCAAGUUGGGCAAAGCUCUGGCAUGGGAGAAAGAAUUCAUCAGUUUCAUGAAGAACUACAAAAACCCCAACCUGACCGUAGCCUUUAGUGCAGAGAGGAGUAUUGAAGAUGAAUUAGACAGAGAGAGCAACAGUGACAUCAGGACCAUAGUAAUCAGCUAUGCCAUUAUGUUCAUCUAUAUCUCCCUGGCCCUGGGUCACAUACACAGCUUCAACAGAGUGAUGGUGGACUCUAAGAUCUCACUGGGUAUAGCGGGUAUCCUGAUUGUGCUCAGCUCUGUAGCCUCCUCACUGGGGAUCUUCAGCUAUUUUGGUAUCCCCCUCACCCUUAUUGUGAUCGAAGUCAUUCCUUUCUUGGUGCUCGCUGUUGGAGUGGACAACAUCUUUAUUAUAGUACAGACAUAUCAGAGGGAUGAGCGGAUGCCCCAAGAGGAACUUCACCAACAGAUUGGUCGUAUUCUUGGAGACGUAGCCCCGAGCAUGUUCCUCUCCUCCUUCUCCGAGACAGUGGCCUUUUUCUUGGGAGCCCUGUCCAACAUGCCUGCAGUGAGGACAUUCUCUCUGUUUGCUGGCUUGGCGGUUUUUAUUGAUUUCCUGUUGCAGAUCAGCUGCUUUGUCAGCUUGCUAGGCCUGGACGCCAAAAGACAGGAGGGGAAUCGUCUUGACAUCAUUUGCUGUGUAAAGCUGCCAGAAGGUCAGGAAGCAAAGACAGAGAGCUUCCUCUUCCGUUUUUUCAAGAAAGUAUAUGCCCCAUUCAUCCUCAAAGAGUGGGUGCGACCGAUCAUAGUGGCAGUGUUUGUGGGAAUGCUCUCCUUCAGUAUUGCUGUGGUGAAUAAAGUAGAGAUUGGACUGGACCAAAAACUCUCCAUGCCUGAUGAUUCGUAUGUGCUGGACUACUUUAAGAACUUGACUGAGUAUCUCCACACUGGAGCUCCAGUGUACUUUGUGGUAGAGGACGGUCUCAACUACAGUAGUCCAGAGGGCCAGAAUGUUGUGUGUGGAGGGGUAGGCUGCAACAACAACUCUCUAGUCCAGCAGGUCUAUGCCGCCUCACUCAUCAGCAACUACACAACCAUUGCCUUCACCCCAUCCUCUUGGCUUGAUGACUACUUUGACUGGGUGAAGCCUCAGUCCACCUGCUGUCGAUACUACAACAACACUGGAACCUUCUGCAAUGCCUCGGUGGUAAAUUCCUCCUGCGUUCACUGCCGGCCCAUGACUCCCAGUGGAAAGCAGAGGCCAGAAGGAGACGACUUCAUGCGGUUUCUACCCAUGUUUCUGUCAGACAAUCCCAAUGUCAAGUGUGGAAAAGGCGGCCACGCAGCCUAUGCCACAGCAGUUGACCUUCAUCCCAACAACACAGGGGUCGGAGCCACUUACUUUAUGACUUACCACACCAUCCUGAAAGAAUCUCCAGACUACAUAGACGCCUUAAAAAUGGCCCGAAUCCUAGCUGAAAAUAUCAGUCAGUCCAUGGACCACAAAGUUUUUGCCUACAGCGUCUUCUAUGUGUUUUACGAGCAGUACCUCACCAUAGCGUAUGACACAGCUCUGAACCUGAGCGUGUCACUGGCGUCCAUAUUUGUGGUGACGACUGUGCUUUUGGGCUUCGAGCUGUGGUCAGCUGUGAUUGUCAGUCUUACCAUCGCCAUGAUCCUGGUCAACAUGUUUGGUGUCAUGUGGCUGUGGAACAUCAGCCUCAACGCAGUAUCCCUGGUGAACCUAGUCAUGUGCUGUGGUAUCUCGGUGGAGUUCUGCAGCCACAUUGUGCGAGCGUUUUCCAUCAGUGUGAAGAAAAACAGAGUGGAGCGGGCUGAAGAGGCCCUGGCUCACAUGGGCAGCUCUGUAUUUAGUGGGAUCACAUUAACAAAGUUUGGAGGUAUUCUGAUCCUGGCGCUUUCCAAGUCCCAGAUCUUCCAGGUCUUCUACUUUAGGAUGUACUUGGCCAUAGUGUUGCUGGGAGCAACGCAUGGCCUCAUCUUCCUCCCUGUGCUGCUUAGUUAUAUCGGUCCUACAGUGAACAAAGCAAAGGUGUUUGCUGCUAACCAGCGCUAUGCUGGUACAGAAAGGGAGCGCCUCCUCAACUACUAGCAGGCCGUAUGGGACAAUGAACAAUGAACUAACUAUUUGUCUGGGAGGGACUGUGUGGGUGUGAGCGCAAGCCAUUUCUGUGAUUACUGACCCACUCAUCAUCGCUGCCACUACUAUGCACAGAUUUAACUCAGGAAUAUACUUGGGAAAAGGUGUGCCAGAGGCCUUGUCCAAUUGCAUACUUAUUGAUUUUCCUCAGAAGACUUUGGACCUCCCCACCUCCCCCCUCCCCACCUCACACCUCACACUACAGGACAAACCUGACUUCAGUGUGUGAAGCAUAAGCGACAUACCUCUGAACAAAAACACCACUUUGACAGUGUGGAAGUAGGAGAGACACCACCCCCAACAUCAGUUGACAGACUCUCAGUUCCAUAUGCUAUGAGCUAUUUUGAAAACUCAAAAGGGUAAAUCUGGUUAGGUUUUUCAUGUUUUUUAAAUGUAUACCAGGAAAAAAAAACCAAUGUGUUGAAAAGGACUUUUUUUUUUUGCUAACGUCUACUAACACAGGACUUUUGCAGAACUACUUGAUAUUAUGAAUCAUUUAUUGACUGGCACAAUGCACAUACUGGAGCUAACAGAUAAUAAUGAUAGGCCCUCAUAUUACCUGGGAUUAACAUGUAUCACAGCCGGGGCUGUGUCUAAAUACUGUGAUAUAUUACAGGCCAGCUAGUAGUAGCAUUUUUUUUUUUACAUAGCAAUAAUGUGCAGCUUUUAACUAUAAUGUUUUGACUCCAGGAAACAAGACUUGAAAUUAACUUUGAGCUUUAAAAGUUUUCUGGCAUGUUCACAUGCACGUCGGGGGAGCAGUGAAUUGUAAUUGUAAACCCCUUUACUUAAAAAAGGCUACAGUUUCUACAUGGAUGUAGACGUAAAAGCUGCUUCAAAGCUGACACCUCAUUUAAAAGUGAGAGAACUGGAAUACAGAGUCAAAACAAACAGUCCAAGUACUGCAUCAUAGCAUACUCUCCAAACUGCCUGGUCUUUUAUGUCCACCUCAGCAACUAUUUAAAUGAUCCAGUGCAACAUUUCAUUUUAGAGCUACUUUAAUGUAUCUUAAGUGUCCUUUUGAAAUGUUGGCAUGACUACAGAGUUAGUCCAUCUGGAGUGCUUUUACAUAUGGUCACAGCAGAAACAUCUCUGCUGCGACAUCAGUCAAGAUACAUGUUGAUUCCAGGUGUAAAGGGUGCUUUAAUGCUAAUAGUGGUUUUACAUAGUAAAGUGUAAAUUAGACACUGCAGUUACUGAACAAAACAUUUGUUGCAUCAAGAAGUGAAGAGAGAAGCUUUACAUAUGACUGUAAAUAUCAUACACGAGACUAAUUUAGAUUGAUUCUUUAGUCAUCUAGAGUAUGUUGAUACUGAAUACUGUUCAAUGAUUAGAUAAUGGUAAAAGAGUUUUUCAUUCCUACACAUUUAAGUUAUUUUUUUUUUUUAUUUAACUAUUAACACUUUCUUAGCAUGUAUUGCUGUCUUAUAAAACCCUUCCAAUUUGUCCAAAGGAAUCACUUUGUUUUAAAAGAUAAACAACAACUUUUUGUGAAGCAAAUUGAACUGUAUAUCCCAGGACAAUACGGUCCAGGCGAUGCAAGUGAAUACACACUUGCAUCGCCUGCUCUUCAACAUGUCUGAGGUCAUAACUAGUCGAGACUCAAGGUGGUGCACUCCCACUAGUUUAAUCUGGAUAUGGUUGUCCCAAAUUGAUGCUGACAUCACUGGAAGAGGAUGUUAACGUUUUACCCAAGGUGGAUGAAAUCUGGUGGGACCUUUUUUGUUUUUCUUUUUUUUUUAAGGAAUAGCACCAUGCUUUUUGAUUUUCAAGAGUUAUUUUUUUUCCACAUUGCAGUCAUGUGUUUUUUUGAAUGUGUCGAUGAAAAGUUUAAAACCGGGAAAAGUUUUGUGAGUAACCAACUGAAAAAGUUGGAAUAACAAAGAAUUGUGCUUGUUAACAGUGCUGUGCAUUGACAUUGACAAAUCAUCUCUGACACUGAAGAAUAUGAUCUUGGUAAAAGAGACUAAACCAAACAUUUUAAGUAUUUUAACACAUUAAAUAGUUAUCAUAGAA